CACAAAAGGCCGCACGCCGCAAGCUUGAAAGCAGCGGCCCCAACCUCAAAGGUCAUCGCUCUCGCACCAGCACACCCGUCAGACGUACUCCACCUACAGUACAGUACAUACACCGCUCCAAGGUGUCGGACUUUGGCCCACGAGCAUCGAACCCUGGCUCUCUAAAGUCCCUCACUAACGAACCCCCGCCAGGCAGCCUCCCAACAUGUCCGCCCAACCCCUCCAACCCGGCCAAUUCGUCACCCGAAACGGCGCCGAGCUCUACGACCCUACCACCAAAACCCCCCUCCGGUGGGUCUCCUUCAACACACCAACCCUCCACUUUAUCGACGACCCCUCCUUCCUCGUCCCCACCACUUAUGAGCAGGAAGACCUCGCGCGGUCCGUCUCCCUAUUGGGCGGGCGGGUUGUUCGCUUGUACACGCUGGGGGUGCAGGGUAGAGGAGACGCGGCGUGGGAUAAGGGCAAUUUCCCUGGCCCAAUGAAACAUGUGAUCAAGAGAAGGACUAAGAGUACGGCGCCGGCGGGGCAGCUGUUUGAGUUGAACGAGAUUGUUAUGCGGGGGUUGGACAAUGCUGUCGCGGCUGCCGAAAGGAGUGGGAUAAGGAUUAUUUUCCCGUUUUUGGAUAACUGGGAAUGGUGGGGCGGAUACCCGCAAUUCACGUACCUCAUCAACGACAGUGCGGCGCCGGCGACCUUCUUCACGGAUCCGACCAUCAUCACCAACUACAAGACCCUCAUCCGUCUGGUCCUCACCCGCAACAACACCAUCACCGGCCGACUCUACUCCGACGAACCCGCCAUCCUCGCCUGGGAAACAGGCAACGAGCUGGAAUACAACAACGGCCGCGUGCCCACAUCCUGGACCAGCGAUAUUGCCGCCCACAUCAAAUCCAUCGACAAAAACCACCUUGUAGCUGACGGCUCGUGGAAGCACGGCUGGGACGACUCAGCCCUCGCCGACCCCAACAUCGACCUCUACUCCAACCACUACUACCCUCAAUUCGAGCUCCCCAAAUCCGAAUGGAUCGGCGUUGGCGUCCUCGCAGCGGUCAUGGGCAUCGCCUUCAUGGUAAUGUGCUUCACAAUCUGCUUCUCCAAACGCGUCUCCUGGAUUCGCAUCCCGACCGACUACGAAAACAUCAAACGCGAGUCCAAGAAACGUAAGCUCCUCACCCUUGCCAUCGCCCUCUUCGUCCUCGCCGGAGCAGCAGGCGGGAUCGGCGCCAUCGUCGGCCACCGCAUGACCGUCCCCCUCUACGCCGACCGCGCCUCCUCGGACGCCGCCACAGUAUCCGCCCACGACAAAGCCUUCUUCGCAGGCGAAUUCGGCCUCGCGUCCUCCAAAGCCAUGCAAGGCCUCAUCGACAACCACCUCGCCCGCUCCUCAAAAGGUUUCGCUGGCGCGAUGGUCUGGUCCCUCCGCGGCCACGCGCGCGGGGGAGGGUUCAACACACACGCGGAGGACCACGGAUACCAAGCGUACCACUACCCCGGCUUCACCACCUUCGGCGACGACGAGAAAACUAUCCUGGCGGCCGUCACAAAGGGCGCCAGAGAAGCCGCCGCUCAGACAGGCUACACCAUCCCCUCCCCAGCCCUCCCGAUCCCCCCAACCCUCCUCCCCAUCACGAACACCACCUUCUUCCGCUGGCAAGGCUCCUACGGCGCAUACAACUACGAUCUGGAACGCGCCGAUGGGGCGAAUGCGACUGCCGCUGCGGCAUGGACGAUUGUGGGUGGGGGGUUGAGUGAUGCGAUUAAUACGAAUAGCACCGCGACGAUGUUCACGGAGACGACGGCGCAGAAUGGGAAGGCGUAUUCGUACCGCGUGAGGGCGAGGAAUGAGGUUGGGGUUGGGGAGCCGAGUAAUGUUGUGAGUUUCACUGCUUGAACGAGACAAUGAAAGACUUGGAGAAUAUAGACUGGACAAUGCAGAUUCCAUCCCUCGGUUCUCCUUUCUGGCGUAUUUAUUUCAGUGCUGCGUAGACAAUACCCUCCUCGGCUUUGUCUGGGGACGCUUUUGUGUUUUUGUUUGAGGUCUUAUGUACUCUAUGUGUGUCCAUUUUCUCUCAUGAUAUAUAACAAUGUCAUCAAAGGAUACCAGCGCGAACCGGUCCUUCCAUCCACCUCCUGGUGGACCAUCGAUAAUUCUUUCAUAAACAACACGCCGUGAAAAACAUCAUUACGCAGGUUCAUGCGUAGGCAUCGGCACCUCAACCCCAUGCGUCGGCACGCUCACCCCCGCCGCCUCCCCACCCUCCUCCUCCAACCACGCCUGAUACCUCUCCCACAAAACCCCCACCUCCACGCCCGUCC